AUGCGGAUGGAUCGUAUGCGUUCAAUGGUAUUCCACUGUGCGAGUACACCAUAUCUGUACCCGAAGAGGUAAGCGCAACAGGCGGAACCAAGCCAAUAUAUGAAGGCCACGACAACGACGACACCAAGACUGAGGCGGAUGUCACUAUCGAUCUGGCACAGAAGGAUGUAAUUGACGUGGAUUUCCUAUACAAGGUACCAGCAGUAAUUUCUGGAACCGUGACAGGCUACGAGGAUGGCGAGGGUAUCGCGGACGUCACAGUAACGGUAAUAUGCACUGCCAAUACGUCCAUCUUUUACAAGGUCCAGACUAACGCGGAUGGAACAUAUGUCAUUGACGAUGUCAAGGACUGUGACUAUACUGUAAGUGUGCCAGAGGCGUUCAACGGCGAGCCUAUCAAGGGCCUCAGCAGCAAGACCGUCAGCAUCACGCCCGCUGAUCGAACUGAAGAGGCAGACUUUGUUUACGUUCCUCUUGGAACUAUCUCCGGAUAUACACUCAAUGAUUUCGAUCAAAGUCCUUUGGCUACAGUCGAAGUGACAUUGAGCUGCAAAGGUGUGGACGAAACUCGGACCACGAACACUUCUGGCUACUACAUCUUCGAGAACCUUGGUGACUGUAACUACACUGUUACUGCCCCAUUGUCUGUCACCUCAGAUGUGUUUGCGGGCAUCA